CUUCAAGCCUCCGUUCAAUUUCUGCUCAAAGAACAAUAGAGCAUGGCAAUGGUGCCCUCUUUACUUUCGUUCUCUCUUUUGCUCAUUUCUGCUUUCUUCAGUAGUGCAGAUUGUGGUUCUAUUGGAGUUAACUAUGGAAGAGUCGCCAACAACCUCCCGCCUGCAACCAAGGUAGCGGAACUACUCAAAUCCCAAGGUCUCAACCGUGUCAAAGUUUACGACACUGACCCGGCUGUUCUCCAUGCAUUAUCCGGAUCCGGAAUCAAAGUCACCGUCGACCUUCCAAACGGGCAACUCUUCGCCGCCGCCAAGAGUACUUCAUUCGCUAAAACUUGGGUCCAGCGAAACGUUGCCGCUCACUACCCUCACACUGAAAUAGAAGCCAUUGCCGUUGGUAAUGAAGUCUUCGUCGAUCCACACAACAGCACCAAGUUCCUCGUUCCUGCCAUGAAGAAUAUCCACGAAGCUUUGGUUAAGUUAAACCUUCACUCGGAUAUUAAAGUCUCUUCCCCGAUUGCCCUUUCCGCUCUACAAAACUCUUACCCUUCUUCAGCCGGAUCUUUCCGACCCGAACUCAUCGAGCCCGUUUUCAAACCCAUGUUGGAUUUCCUUCGCCAAACCGGCUCUUUCCUCAUGGUCAAUGCUUACCCUUUCUUCGCUUAUGAGUCCAACACUGACGUCAUCUCGUUGGACUACGCUUUGUUUAGAGAGAACCCGGGUGUGGUGGAUGCGGGUAACGGGUUGAGGUAUUUCAGUCUGUUCGAUGCUCAAAUAGACGCCGUUUUCGCCGCAAUGUCUGCUUUGAAAUAUGAUGAUAUUCGAUUGGUUGUCACGGAAACGGGUUGGCCCUCGAAAGGGGACGAGAAUGAGAACGGAGCUAGUAUUCAAAACGCCGCCGCUUAUAAUGGGAAUCUGAUCCGUCGGAUCCUGACCGGCGGUGGGACCCCUUUGAGACCCAAAGCAGAUCUCACAGUUUUUCUGUUUGCCCUUUUCAACGAAAACAAUAAAUUCGGACCUACAUCGGAAAGGAACUACGGGCUUUUUUACCCGAACGAGGAAAAAGUUUACGACAUCCCUUUCACUGUAGAAGGUUUGAAGAAUUACCACGAUAGACCGUCUCCGGUGACCGGGAACCAACCAGGGGCAGGGGAUACAGCCAAAGGAGGAGGAGGGGGCGUGUCGAAGAGUAAGACGGGGAACACGUGGUGCGUUGCGAGUGGUGAAGCUGGAAAAGAGAAGUUACAGGCAGCUCUAGAUUUCGCUUGCGGGGAAGGAGGUGCAGAUUGCCAUCCGAUCCAGACUGGUGCCACGUGUUACAAUCCCAACACAAUAGAGGCCCACGCAUCGUUCGCGUUCAACAGUUAUUACCAAAAGAAUGGACGGAAGAUGGGAACUUGCUAUUUUGGCGGGGCAGCCUUCGUCGUCACUCAACCUCCUAAGUACGGAAAUUGCGAGUUUCCAACCGGAUACUGAAGCGAAACCCGAAAUAGAGGGAGCGUAAAGGGUUUGGAAGAAAGGAGUGGUUGAAGAUCUGAAAACAGGAAACCUAAUUUUAGUUUUGCUUCUGUUCAAUUAUUUUUAGUUUUUAGGGUGGGGUGAUGAUGACUGUUGUUAUGUAUUUUGGUUGGGUUUAUUAGGAAAUUAUUCCGACUUCUGUUGGUGUAUAAAUUAAUCUUCUUUUUGGACUUUAAUGUUA